GGUGGGAAGAGGCGGGAACCGGCGACGCUGCUGCCGUGGCCUAUGACAGGCAUGGGCUGUCAUGGUGGCCGCUGACCGACCUUUAUCGCGUCCGCUUUGACUUGUUUGAGGCUUUUUUUUUAAUAUAUAUAUACACCCACACACACACACGCGCGCGCGCGCGCUCCAUGGUUAUACUCUUAUGAGCGGUUUGUGUGCGUUGCCGACACCGUUAACGCCGAGGCCAUGGGAGGCAGCGGAAGCACCAGACGCGUCUCCUUCGAAGCGGAUGAUAAUGAUCAGAUUACGGUGGUGAAGGGCAUUAGGCUCUCAGACAACGUCAUAAGUCGUAUGAGGGAUGCUUCCCCUACUGUUGAUAAACCGCAAGCUUCUCCCAGACCACCUCCAAGUGAUAGCCGUUCAGCUGUUUCAGCGUCACCUAUAGUAGCUACUGAUGAGGAGAUCAGAAAGCAAAUUACUGAAGAGAUGGUGCAAGAACGGGCCAGGCAAGAGUCUAAUCUACAAAAGAGACUCGAUCAGAAUAAACAAUUUGUUCACGAUGAGAUCGGCAAGAUUAUGGAGCGUGAACGGGCUACCGCGAAUGACAGUCUUGUGAAAACGGUAUUGCGGGAGAGAGCGCUGACUGAAGAGGAACGAACAAAUGCUAAACGCACUGAUCUUGAAAGAAAGGCAAAGAAACUGGAAGAAAAGGAGAAGGAGCUGCAGAAGAUGGACAGCUACUACAAGGAUCAAGUAGCCAGGUUGGAAGAUAUGAGUGCUAAGUUCUACCAACUGAAUGCUGAUCAGUACCAGAAAGCAGCUGACGAAGUGGAGGCCAAGUUUAAGAGAUAUGAGUCACGACCCAUCUGUGCAGAUCUCCAGGAGGGCAUCCUUCGCUGCUACCAGAAGAACCCUCAGCAGACCCUCAGCUGCUCUGCGUUGGCCAAGCAGUAUGUUCACUGCAUUAACUAUGCCAAACAGAGCCUGCUGGGGAAAGGAGGUUAACUCCGCCAGUCAAACGAUAAAGCUCUCAUCUUCAAUUUCAAGAACGGAACAUCUUUCAAGAGUAAUAAAGCGGCUCAGCUAAACAUCGGGACAAUAUGGGGAGGACGAAACCACCAUUACCACGGCAACAGCAACAGUAACAGCAGCAACAACAAUUCAAUCAAAGAGCAUAUGUUCGGCAGAGAGUUGGAAAUGUCUUCACAACAUGCCAGGGUUUUAGUUCUGCCAGGGCAGCGUGUUCUGUUCAGCCUUUUUGUAAUUAUUUUCUGAAUAUUAUAUAAAAUCUUUUUGUUUGCCUGUCUUGAUUAACGGAGGCCUUUGAGACGUUCUAAUAAUGUAAUUAAAUUGCUCUUUCAAAGCAGCUGAAGCCUAAAGCAAACUUGUCUUGAACUAUGUUGUUCUGGUGAUUGUCUGGACACUUGAGAUACUAAAAAUAUAUUUUAAACAGA